AUGCGAAUCUUCGGCCUGUUCCACCUCAACCUGAAUGUCAUCGCUUCCGUGCUGGAAUGCAUCAUUAUAGAGUACCUUAGCCGUACGGGCUCUCGCAACACCUGUGAGGUUCCAGGCUGUGGUAGAGUCCCUCGCAAGUCUUCCGAUUCCGCCCGGGCUAGGUUCUGCACUCGCCACGGUGGGGGUCGGCCCUGUCACUAUCCAGGUUGUCAAGUGGCUGCUAGAGGCCUUCUAGGCUUCUGUUACCGUCAUCGUCAUUAUGCCAACAGCUCGGCUUAUGGUAACGGUGUGGAUGGCAAGGCGAUGCCUACUCCGACGCCAGAGGCCACUGAAAGCGAGAUUAGAGCUGCUCGGCUGGAGAACUAUGUUCCUGUUCCGAGUUGUGUCGACUCAGUGGAGCUGGCCGCUCUCACUUACAUAGCAUCAACUCUGAAGGCUAGCGAGGCUGCAACUGCUGAGGGUAACAGUCAAGGAGAAUCUUCUAACACGGCUUCAACCACAGCAGCCAUUCAAGAUAGCACAGGGAGCAGCACUGCCUCCCCCCUGGCGACUCCCGUGUCACCUUACUCAGCAACGACCUCGCAGAGCCCUCUGUUGAGCAGUAGUCAGGAACAGACUUUGGUUGAAACGGGAACAUCCCCAGUUACCACGCCUAGUGGGGGUGAUGCUAUGGAGGCGGCCUUUGCAGCUCAUUCCAGUGCGGCUUGUGAUAUCGAUGAGCUGUUCUCUAUUCCUACGAUUCCUUCUCCUAUAUUUAAGCCGGCCAUGGCUGCUGCUUCCGGUCCCCUAGAUGUGGCCCCCUGCCCUAUGGAUACUGAAGAUGAGUCUGCAGUUAUGGGAAGACUGUGA